ACGGCCGGAUCCGAGAAGUACGCGUUCAUAGCGAUGCGCAGCACCCUCGCCACGCCCAUAUACGCGGCGCGCCCGGACACCUGCAUGCCGGAGUGCCGUGGCUCUGAAAACCGAAUUGUUUCGGAGUAUAUGCUGCCGUCCAGACCGUGUUCGAAAAAGCCCUCGAGCUCAUGCGGCAGCUCCUGCAUUACCCUCCCGAGCGUGGUGAUGUAGUCCUUUGGCGGGUCCUUCUCCGAAAAAGACGGCCCUUUGGUCGGCUUGUCCUUCGGCUCGCUGUUCGGUUCUUUGGGUGGCUCUUCGGGCGCGCCUUUGGUUUGUGGCCUGGUGAACCCCUUGCCUACUAUUUCUUUUUUGGCCUGCUCGAUGGCCUCUUGGAUUGUGCGGUCCCAGUCUUUGGCUGCUUCGGAGUCGUCCCCGCCGCUGCCCUUCGGUGUCUGCGAAGAGAAGCGGCGGUGGCUGAGCGGUGUGGAUCUGCACUGCGCCAGGGUGUGUGUGCGUGGCGGGCUGGUUGGUGUCGCUUUGGGUGCUUUGGCUGCCCGCAAGAAGCACGCCCUGCCAGCGCAUUGCCUGACAAUAAACAUAUGUGAACAAUAAAAAUAAAUGAAUUCUUUAAAUAAAUUGAAGAAAGAGAGAAAGAAUAAAAUAUAGUAAAAUUGGGUCGAAAUGGAAACAAGAAAGCGUGUGCGCAAAGAAUGUAGUCUGAUCAAAAAUCCGUAAGAAUUUGUUUUUCGAU